AUGCAAAAACAGGUUGGACAGGAAGACAAGGCACCUGGUUUAGUUUCGUUUGCCGAACAGAUUUUACAGUUGCCUGACGACAUAAAAAUCCUUUUACAUGCCGGCGAAACAGCGUGGUUUGGCAGUGUUGAUGAAAAUUUGAUUGAUGCAGUUCUGCUGGGAAGUCGUCGAAUUGGUCAUGGUUAUGCAUUAGCUAAACAUCCGAAAAUAAUUGAUCUUGUCAAAAGCAAUGAUAUUGCGGUUGAGGUGAAUCCAAUCUCCAAUCAAGUCCUCAAACUUGUUGACGAUUUUCGUAAUCAUCCAGCGUCAGUACUUAUGGCACAAAAUGUGCCAAUUGUUAUUUCAUCGGAUGAUCCAUCUUUUUGGGAGGUUUUACCGUUGUCGCACGACUUUUACAUUGCAUUUUUAGGAAUUGCAUCGCGUCACAGUGACUUGCGAACUCUUAAGAAAUUCGCAAUCAAUUCUAUUCAGUACAGUUGUCUAAAUGAUAGUGAAAAAACAGUAGCAUUCGCCAAGUGGCAAGUCAAAUGGGACACAUUUAUUGAAGACUUAGUGCAAAAUCAACAAUAA